UUGGAGAUGCUGUUAGCCCUUCAAAGCCAAAGCAAAAACAGAGCAAAAAAGUGACGCUGACACUCAUAUCUUAAAGAUUCUCCAUUGUUAAACAAUCAAAUACCAACCCAUCACUACAUUUUUAAGAGCUCUUCUCUUCAUUUUUUGAGCCCAAAAUCACUAAAUUGAAUCACCAUUCAAGCUACUUCUUCUUUUUGGUCUUUUGAGCAACUUGUAAUUUAACCAGGAGGCGGAAUUAGACAUAACAUAUAGAAGUAUGGUUACUCCUCAGCAGCCAAAGAGGAGAGUGGCAUUUAUCCUGAUCGAUGGACUGGGUGAUGUGUCAUUGCCGAGGCUUGGCUACAAGACUCCUUUGCAAGCAGCAAACGUGCCUAACUUAGAUGCUAUUGCAUCUGGCGGAGUUAAUGGCCUUAUGGACCCUGUUGAAGUAGGCUUGGGUUGUGGAAGUGACACUGCUCACCUUUCCUUGUUAGGUUAUGACCCAAGGGUUUACUAUCGGGGUCGAGGAGCUUUUGAGUCCAUGGGUGCUGGAUUGGCAAUGUCUUCUGGCGAUAUUGCAUUCAAAUCAAAUUUUGCAACGUUAGAUGAGAAAACUGGAAUAGUCACCAGUAGAAGGGCUGAUAGGCAUUUUGAAGAAGAAGGGCCUAUUCUCUGUGCAGCUCUGGAUGGAAUGAGGUUGCCGUCUUUCCCAGAAUAUGAAGUCAGAGUCAGGUAUGCAACAGAACAUAGAUGUGGAGUAGUGGUGAAAGGUCCAAAACUGAGUGGGAAUAUAUCAGCAACAGAUCCACUUAAGGACAACCGCUUACUUCUUCAAGCUGAAGCCUUAGAUAGCACUGACGAGGCAAGACAUACAGCUGCAGUUGUUAAUGAGCUAUCCAGGGAGAUAUCUCGUAUUCUGGUUUCUCACCCACUAAAUGCAAAACGAGCAGCAGAAGGUAAGAAUAUUGCCAAUGUGGUCCUUUUACGAGGAUGUGGCAUUCGAAUUGAGGUACCUUCUUUUCAGGAUAAACAUGGUUUGUGGGCAUGCAUGGUAGCUCCCACUAAAAUUAUUGCUGGUUUGGGAUUAUCACUAGAUAUUGAUAUUCUAGAAGCUCCUGGAGCAACCGGAGAUUAUCGAACGCUUUUGACUUCCAAAGCAACUGUCAUAGCUAAGGCACUCUCAGCUCCAUUGACGCCUUCUCCCAAUGUAUUUGUACCAGGGGAGGACGAGCACAAACCAGGACGACCAGAUGGCUAUGACUUUGGGUUUCUCCACAUUAAGGCAAUAGAUGAUGCAGGCCAUGACAAGGCAAGCAUUUUGAAAGUAAAAGCAUUGGAAGCUGUAGAUCGAACUAUUGGCCAGCUGGCCAAGCUCCUCUUGCAAGCAGAAUCAACCGGAAAGUUUCAGUAUUUCAUUUGUGUCACUGGAGAUCACUCUACGCCGGUUGAAUAUGGAGACCAUAGUUUUGAACCAGUUCCGUUUUCGAUGUGCCGGUUGAGAGAUUUUGUGGGUGCCGUGGGUGGAGAGUCCAUCAUCAUGGAAACUUCCCUUGAUCCAUUUCCUAUUCCUACUGUUAAGGCUGGUGAAGACCUUGUGGAAGCUGAGAAAGUGGGAAAGGAGGGAAGCAGCAAACAGCUUAAAGCUUUCAGCGGUGAUUCAGUUUGUGAACUUAGUGAGAUAGCGGCAGCAAGAGGAUGCCUUGGACGGUUUCCAGGGGGACAAAUGAUGGGUAUUAUCAAGGCAUUUCUCGAACUAAAUGCAUAACCUGCUUAUCCAAGAACAACUGGCAUGGCUCGGGGUUCUCAAUAAGGUGAUUUUUCAGCUUAAAAGAGAGGGAAAAGGAACCAUUAUUUGAUGAUGUUGAAAUUAUUGAGAUUUGAAUGCUUCUGCUUUACAGAAAUAUGAGCGAUUUGUACUAACCUGCAAAAUAAUACAAGGGAAAGGUAUUCAAAUGA